CAGCGGCGGAGAAUCAGGGUCAGGCUCUGCAGUCUCCUCAGUCCUACGUCCCAACUUGCACAAUCAUUCUUUUGACUCUGCCCAACCAAUCUAGAGCUGCGAGCGGCAUUGAAGGAUCGGCGAUAUAUUUCCAGGUCAGGAUGGUCAGAAUGCUCAGAGGACUCUGUAAAAAGAGUGAAGUGUUCUAAUAGGGGGUGUGAGUGAACAAGAACGCCCAAAAUAUUCAGUGCCAAUGCAGCAACACAGGCGACAGCCAGAAUUAGUGGAAGGAAAUCUUCCUGUCUUUGUAUUUCCAACAGAACUGAUAUUUUAUGCAGAUGAUCAGUCAACACACAAGCAGGUGCUGACUCUCUACAACCCUUACGAGUUUGCCUUAAAAUUCAAAGUUCUGUGCACAGCCCCAAACAAAUAUGUUGUUGUUGAUGCUGCAGGUGCAGUGAAGCCUCAGUGCUGCGUCGACAUUGUUAUUCGUCAUCGAGAUGUGCGGCCUUGCCAUUAUGGUGUCAUAGACAAAUUUCGACUGCAAGUGUCGGAACAAAGCCAGCGGAAAGCGCUAGGUAAAAAGGAGGUGAUUUCUGUUCUCCUCCCAUCUACAAAGGAGCAGCAGCAGAAGGAGGAGGAGGACAAACACAUCAAAGAGCAUCUAGCAGAAGCUGUAUUCUUUGAACAGACCUCAUUUCAGCAGGAAUCCAGAACUGCCUCUUCGGGACCGAGUUUACUUACUGUCUUCCUGGGAAUCAUAUGCAUUGCAGCAUUAAUGUUACCGACACUUGGAGAAGCAGAAUCUCUGGUGCCUGUCUACCUUCACUUGAGUGUCAAUCAGAAAUUAGUUGCUGCUUAUGUUUUAGGUCUUGUGACCAUGGUUAUCCUGCGAACAUGAAAAGGUGAAAUGAAAGAGGGCGAGUGUGGACUGAUCUGCUUGUUAAUCCGGGGCACAGGCUGGUCCUCUAGGGAACUGUAUUAACGGUUUCAGAAUCUGAAGGCAGACAACAGGAGCAUUUGUUGCUAACAGCAUUGAUUCAUCUGAACUUUGUGCAUUUUAAUGUUUAUGCAAGACUUUGAGACAAGACUUGUCAACUGUAAAAUUGCAGUCUCAUUGUUUCAAACACCAAGUCAGUAAGCUUUCUUUGUUUUAAUUCCCCUGAAUAAGUUUGGAUAAACAGUUUCAUAUCUGUAUAGGACUUUUAUUAAAUAGAACAUUUGUUACUUUUUACUCCUUGUUCAGCUUUGCUAUGCUAAUGCAAUCAUGUGUGCUCCCUGCCAGGUGAGAUCCUGAGGAAAAGCUUUGGUCCCUUGAGCAAAACCAGUGAGUAUCCAUGUACAACAGCACGUGUAAUGCUGCUAGGGAUUGGUUGUAUCCAGUGAAGUGGACUGUGAUGAAAAUGACUGUAAAAAUAAGGACUUCAACAGUGCAAUGCACUGGAUGCUGUUGUGACAAUGGUAUACCCAUUAAACUGUAACCUGAUUCUUCUUUCCACAGAUUCUAGUGAAUCUGCUUUGUAAUUCCAAAAUUUUGUUUUAUUUCAAUAAGUGCACUUGUUAAUUAGGGUGGUUAUCAAAAAGCCUAAAUUUCUACUUUAAUACAGUGUCAGUUUUGACUCAGUGGGCAGAACGCUCCCUUCUGAACCAGGUGGUCAUGGAUUCAAGCCACACUCCAGAGACUUGAGCACAUAAUCCAAGGAGACACUCCCAGUGCAAUACUGAGGGAAUGCUGCACUGCCGGAGGAUCAGUACUGAGGGAGCACUGCACUGUCAGAGGAUCUGUUUUUAAUUUGAAAUGUUAAACUACUAAUCCUGUUGAGGUGGAUGUAAAAAUACUGUGGCUCCAAGUAGAGCAGGGUCUUCUCCCUGGUGUUCUGGCUAUUAUUCAUUUUUGAAUCAACCCCAUCAAAAAGUGAUUAUCUGGUCAUUCAUCACAUUGCUUUUUGUGGGAUCUUGUGUGCAAAAAGUGGCUGCAGCAUUUCCUACAUUACAGCAGUGACUACAUUUUGGAAGUACUUCAUUCACUGUAAAUCACUUUGUGAUGUUUCCUUCCUUUGGAACCAGACAUUGUAUAACUGACUAACAGGUUACACAGCCUCCAUCACUCUACAGCAUACAAGUGGAUGAGGUGGGUUCUUUUAAAGGGAACAUUAAUUUUCCUCAGGUUUGUUGCAAUAGUUCCACCUUGUCUAAUUGAUUUUGAGAUUAGGUUUAAUGUGCAUUUAGUUUUGUGAAAGCCAGUGCUAGGUACAAGAUUAGUACAGUGCACUGCACCCGCUAAUAGCUUAGGUAGCUGAAAAGGCAGCCAACUUCAAAGGCUUAGGUGCAGACAUGUCUGCAUCAACGAUUGGAAGUUCUGCAUUGUUGCAUGAGGUGCCUUCUAAGUUGGUGAAGCUCAGCAAUGACCUGGAACACAGCACAGGUUACUGGAGGGGUGAUCCAUCUUCACCCCUUCCCCCUUCCUGGAGUUGUACAGAUAUAUGUCAGUGAGUGGCAUUCACAUUGGCCAAUGCUGUCCAAAUCAGGUGGAUCUGCUCUCUGCUCUUCCCACACUGAGCAGUCCUUUCCUGAGCAUCAGUCCCCCACAGCAAUCAGCUGGAAGGUCUAACUCAAGUUCUCCAUUCAGAGCCCUAACUAAGGGAAUGUUGGAUUCAAAGUAGCAGGAGCAGCUGUGAUGCUUUCCAUAGUCAAAUAUAUGUCAGUUGUCACUGUCUGGACGCACACAGUAUGACCACUUGGUUGAAAUAUGAGGGGGAUGGUUAAUACCAUCAACAGAAUUAUUGCAGUGAUUAGCACAUCAAAAAGUGAAAAAACUGAGGUCAUAAAUGAAAUUAUUAGUUUAUAACCAGUCUCAUCAUCUUUCCUCAAUGCCCUGUGUGUUGGGGUUGGGAUUGGAGUUUGUUUGCCUGCCCUUCCUGCAUGGGCCUGUGUCUAAACUGUUAACUGCUAUCUCUGAGCAGGGCAGCCAGACUAAUCUCCAAUCUGUGUCAAACAGAAAUUACCUGAAUGCCAAGGCUGCGCCACAAAACAAUAAAAGUAUUGAAAAAGAAAUAGUUUAAAACAAUUGUCAGGUCUUCUGCAAAGAAACAUUAAAAUUCUGAAUUACUGAACAACAGUUAAAUUGUUUAAACUGUUAUGAAUACAGCAAGCAGAUUGUGACCACUGGGUGUCUGGAAAUAAACUAGGGAGCAAACUACAAGCAGCAAGACGUACUACCCAUGCGAAAACUCACAGGCAAGUGAAAUGUGCUGUGCAAACUUACAUUCUGCAGAUUUUGUGUGUUUAAAGGUCAUUUAUGUUUUUAAAAAGCAGUACCAGUAUGACAAUUUGUAAAUGUUUACAUCAUGAUUUAUACAAUUUAUUUAAACAUUUUAAUAAAGUUAUUUUUGAGAACAGA